UUCUCGUAUCUUUCAUUCCGACAUUCAACACACAUGGUUCUCUUUCUACUCUAUCUCUCUACUUUACAUAUAUCAUUCAUGUAUAUCGUACCAACUAGGUCGUCAGAGUGUAGAUCAAUAAUGGGGUUACCCCUUCCUCUCCAAAGAUUCCUCCACCCAUGAAGAGAUUGAAUGAAGGAGUUCAAUCAGAGCCCCUCAUCACUAUUGUUAAUGAUCCGGGUUAUACAAUCUGGGUCUAAACAAAAAGUUUUGUUGCUAUUGAAUUCGAUUACAUAUUUGACCUAGUCCGUCACCUUUUACUUUUCACGUUGAUUAGAUACAUUCUAAAUGUUUGUAGUUUGUAUCUCUCCAAGUAUACUGAAACUUGUCUAUCAUGUCCAAAGGUUAGCUAACACACAUCGUGUUAGUGAACCACGUAAUAAGUCUGUACUCUUAACUUUCUUACAUUGUCAAUUUCCCUUUCGAAUCUAACAAGUUGUCUUAUUUACACAGCUUCAAAAGAACAGUCGUGAAAAGACACUAAUUCGAUUCCGAAACUUCACCUCCGAAGUCGAACGAUUUGAGGAAACACACUUUCAAACACCUGUCAUUAACAACCAGCUAUAGUUGGAUAAACAAAACUGCUAAUGGAUUAGGUUAACUCACUCGAUUUUUGUAAUGGGAUAUUGCCUCCACCGACCAAUUUCCAAUGCAUAACAAAACAGGAAUGACAUUGUGGGCAGUGGCUUUCCAUUGCCCUAAAAAUAUUUACUGCUGCUUCCUUAUCCAUAGGGUUCCCCACCGCCCAUCUUCUCGCCAAUUGCUAUCAUAGCCAAUUUUGUAAAGUCAAGCCAUUAUCAAGCAACACAAUUUCCCCAAUUAUCUUUUAGAAAUGAUCCACUUUACUUGGGAUAUACAAUUUUAGUUUGAUUAGCAUAAUUUAGAAGUACCGGCAGAUGGGUAGGUUAGAUAUUGACCGGUAUCUCGAUAUUCAUAUUUGUUGGUAGAGUAAAAUAGAAGGUAGGUUAGCUCGACUGAGUUAGGGACGUCAUUGAAGUAGUAUGUAUAUUUAACGUAACAGGUGGUUUGAAAAGAAAAUGACACGAAUUAGAUGCAAAGAACAAGGAAACUAUUCAUAGUCAGAAAAUGAUACGAAUGUACGCCUCGAACUAUCACUAGCUAUAACAUUAUCUAACAUCCAAUUAAGAUUAACUUUUACUACAUUAACGAUCAACAUUUUUUCUUUUAAGGACGAUGGGAAAGAAAAUUGAACCAAUACACCACACCAAACUUCCCCAUAUGAUCAACCUUACUUCUAAACAUAUUCGUCCGUUCUUCCAUGGCUUUGUCGGUUCAAAAUAAGGUGGCAAAAAAAACCUUUAUUAGAUGGUACGUAUGCAUGGGCUUUAGGGUUCACUUUCAUUUUCAUACGUGCUGACUAAACCCUAGCUAAUACACAAAUUUCUCAAUCCAAGUUUCAAAAUGGAUAAUUCGUGGAGCUCAAGCCACCUAAACCAUAUUUGAGAUUAAGAUCUUUGAUUUAAUUUCAAAGAAAGUAAUUAGGUCAAAAUUAUCUUUCCAUGACUCAUAUCCUACAAAGAUUAUUAAAAGAGAGCCAUUUUAUGAUUUAUGUACAACUUUAUACACGGUACUAAGUUAAUUGGAUUUGGUUGGGACCAUAUAAUCAUUUCGAAAGUGAUGAAAAUUGAGGGGAAAUUUUCACAUCAAAGCCUUUUUACUUCUUUUCUCUUUCAAUCGAGUUUCAAGUUUAUAGUGAGAGAUUAGUCUCACCUAAUUAACAUUUGGAAAUCGGAAUACCUAUAAAAUAGAUGGCUUGAUAUUCAAGAAAUUGUCCAUUUUUAUUGAUAUUGUCUUAACUUAGGAAACCCCGUCUAAUUUUGAAUCAAGAACGAGAUUCUGAUUUCAAUAUUUGUGACGCGUAACAUUCUCUGCCUCUUCUGUCUUCUCCUUGUUGAAGCAUCCAUAAAAAAACAAGAUUUGCAAGUAUUUUCCAAAUGAUUUUACUGAUUGUUUCUUAAUUAAUUAUGUAAAUAGAGCUCACCAACCAAUGAUUUUACUUUCACCCUUCAUUAAAUACCAUCUUAUCCAUUUGAUUAUCCUUUCCAUAUUGAAAUGCUAUUACUAUCCAUAGAGAUUUUAAAUUACCCCAUAAGGAUUUUCUCACUUUCACUCGAUUAAAGUAAUUCCUAAUAGUACCUCUAAUAAAAACCAUCAAAAGGAUCGAAUGAAAAAACCUUUUUAUUCACAAUGGUACGUCUAUAUGCUCAAAAUCACUUGUUACUAUAUAUAUUUUUCACAUAGUUUAAAGAGUUCAAAAUCGCCAACGUCAGGAUUCAGAUUGAGUAGGAACUAAAAAUGAAAAUUUGCAAAAUUUUGAACCUAGCUAAAUCCUCAAGGAAAAGAUUGUACCCCAUCUUGUACUAUAUGUAUCUCCACCAUCCUCAUUCGUAUGCAUCGAUGUCUCUUGAUACUGAACCAAAACAUUUCUUCUAAUGAAAUUUUCGUAUCAAAAAAUUCAUAAUCGAGUUGUCAUCUACUCGAAACAACUAUCUUGAAUAAUGGAUUGGAGCGGUAUAUCCAUUGGAAAGCAACCAUUUCAUCUACCCGAAUAACAAAUUAGGUAAAACUAUAAUAGAUGGGAAAACACAAAAUUCAAUUACCAAAACAAACCACGAAAUUAAACAGCUAGCUUGUCUUAUCACCAAAAGAGCAAAAAAGGGAAAUUAUUCACAACACAAUCAAAUUCUUCCUUCUCUAGCCCCUCUAUAUAAACAAAAUCCAAAAUCCCCACAACGGGCACUCCAUUUUCCAUUAUCCACUCUUCUCUUUGAGCAGCCAUGGGAACUAUAGCAGCAUCGCCGACGUCGCUGGCUUCUCCGGCGAACCAGCCACCACCAAGUCCGUUGAAGAAAAUCGCCGCCGUGGCCUCCAUUGCCGCCGGGAUUCAGUUCGGGUGGGCCCUCCAGCUGUCCCUCCUCACCCCAUACGUCCAGCUCCUCGGCAUCCCCCACAAGUGGGCCGCAAUCAUCUGGCUAUGCGGCCCGAUCUCAGGCAUCGUGGUCCAACCGCUGGUCGGGUACUUCAGCGACCGCCGAACUGGCCGGUUCGGCCGCCGCACCCCGUUCAUCCUCGCCGGCACGGUCCUCGUCGUCGUCGCCGUCCUCCUCAUCGGCUUCGCAGCCGACAUCGGCCACCGGUACGGCGACCGGCUCGACCACGAGCAACCGGGCCGGCCCAGGACCCGGGCCAUCGCGGUGUUCGUGGUCGGGUUCUGGGUUUUGGACGUCUCCAACAACAUGCUGCAGGGCCCCUGUCGGGCCUUGCUGGGCGACCUCUCGGGCGAUAGCCAGCGGCUCACCCAGGUCGCCAACUCACUCUUCUCCUGCUUCAUGGGAGUGGGGAACGUCCUGGGCUACCUCGCGGGAGCCCAGGACGGCCUCCACAAGUUCCCACUCUUCCGCUUCACCGCAACCCCUGCCUGCGACGUCUACUGCGCGAACCUCAAGUCGUGCUUCUUCAUCUCCGCCGCCCUCCUCAUCCUCCUCACUGUGAUCGCCGUCGCCUACGUCCGCGAGCAGCCGUGGGACCCCAACACCGCGACCGACCAAUCGAACGAGCUGAGUCCAUCAACUAGAGUCUAUAAAUCGUCGGAAAACAGCAGCGUGUUUUUGGCGCUGCGAAAUCUGGACCGUCCGAUGUGGAUGCUCCUGCUGGUGACGUGUCUCAACUGGAUUGCGUGGUUCCCGUGGGUGCUAUACGACACCGAUUGGAUGGGGACGGAAGUGUACGGCGGGAGCUCACAAGGGAAACCGGAUCGGGUCCGGCUCUACGACCGCGGGGUUCGGGCCGGUUCGUUGGGCCUGAUGAUCAAUUCGAUCGUCCUCCUCUUCGUCUCCCUCGCAAUCGAUCCUCUGGCGCGGAAAUUGGGGGUGAAAUUGCUAUGGGGGAUCGUCAAUUUCGUGCUAGGGAUUUGCUUCGUGAUGACGAUCGUGAUUACUAGAUUGGCAGCGAAAGAGCGGGAGAAGAGGAGCCACGGCGGCGGUGUGGUGGUGGUGGUGGAGCCGUCGGCGGGGAUUAAGAGCGCGGCGCUGGCGGUGUUCGGAGUUUUGGGGCUGCCGCUGGCGGUGACGUACAGCAUUCCGUUUGCGAUGGCGUCGAUCUACUCGCACGGAUCUGGGGCCGGGCAGGGGCUUUCGCUGGGGGUGGUGAAUCUGUCGAUCUGUUUGCCGCAGAUGGUGAUUUCGCUGGGGAGUGGGCCGUUUGACGCGGCGUUCGGCGGAGGGAACUUGCCGGCGUUCAUCGUCGGGACGGUGGCGGCUUUUGUCAGCGCGAUCUGCGCCGCUACUCUGCUGCCGAAGCCGAAGAAUUCGUCGUGAUAAUUAUUAAAUUAAUUAAUAAUAAUAAUAUUGUGCUUUUGAAUUCGAGUGCAUAAUAUUUUGUUAGUUUGGAAUCCCGGUUUUAGUGGGAAAGGAGUUGUGAUAAUGUGGUUUGUAAUGUUUGAGGAGGCUUUUGAUUAUCGUGCAAUGUUAAUUAGUGGGACUCUUGCUUACUUGAAAAAAUGCUAAAUUAGUUGUCGAUACUUGAUAUGAUAUUGACAUUACGACGAGAAUUCAGUCAGAGAAUUGAUUUAGAAUCGACACUGUCGUAAGCUAGAAAUUGUGUUAAGCUAGAAUUUGCCGCUAACGGUUAGAUUUGUGGUUGAGAGCUUUGAAAUUGCAAUAUUGUUAAUCUAAUUAUGAGUACACUCAUAUGUCAAUGUCUUUGUGAAUCUAAACAAUAUAACCACCUAAAAUGACAAAUGCACAUUGGGUUUAAAAAAGGCCAAUAUUAUUAAUUUGGGUUUAAAAAAUAUGGGCAGAAACA